AUGGCAUCCAACCCUCCCGGAGCUUGCUGUGCCUCUGGCUUCAAGCACGAAGGCAACCCCGUUGGGGAGAUCAAGACCGUCGAGGGUGUUGAAACCUACAUUUCAUACCCCAAGGACACCAAGAGCCCCGAGAAGGCCGUCGUUAUACUGAGCGACAUUUUCGGUAUCUAUGUCAACGCCCAGCUGCUUGCCGACGAAUUCGCUUCCAAUGGAUACCUCGCCGUUAUUCCCGAUCUCUUCCAGAAGGACGCUAUCAAGCUCAGUGACAUGGAAUCCGGCAAGGCUGAUCUUCCCGCAUGGCUUCCUAAGCACCAGACCGCCAACGUCGACCCUGUUGUCGAGUCUACAAUCAAGUACCUCAGACAGGACCUGGGAGUCAAGAGAAUCGCUGGUGUCGGUUACUGCUUCGGUGGAAAGUAUGUCUGCCGCUUCUUGAAGCCCGGUAAGAUCGACGUCGGUUACACCGCUCACCCCUCCUUUAUCACCAAGGAGGAGCUCGCUGCCAUCGCUGGUCCUCUUUCUAUCGCUGCCUCCGAAAUCGACAACAUCUUCACCACUCAGCUCCGUCACGAGUCCGAGGAUAUUCUGAUCAAGACGGGUCAGCCCUGGCAGAUCAAUCUGUUCAGCGGCGUUACACAUGGCUUCGCUGUCCGUGCUGACUUAAGCAACAAGCACUUCAAGUUUUGCAAGGAGCAGGCCUUCUACCAGGCUGUUGCGUGGUUCCAGCAGUACCUGUAG